GGCGGCGGCGGCUGCGCGCGGAGGCGGUGGAGGAGGUGCUGGGAGCAGCCCGGUGGCCGCUUCCCGCCCCCGAGCCGGAGCCGGUGCGAGUGGAGCAGAGCUGAGGUCGGGCCGCAAGUGGAGCCGGCUGAGCGGGCGCCGAGCUCCCGCCAUGGCCCGGAACACGCUGUCCUCGCGCUUCCGCCGGGUGGACAUCGACGAAUUUGAUGAGAACAAAUUUGUGGACGAGCAGGAGGAGGCGGCGGCGGCGGCGGCGGAGCCAGGCCCGGACCCGAGCGAGGUGGACGGGCUCCUGCGGCAAGGGGACAUGCUUCGGGCAUUCCAUGCAGCCUUGCGGAACUCUCCCGUCAACACCAAGAAUCAAGCUGUGAAGGAGCGAGCCCAGGGCGUGGUGCUGAAAGUGCUCACAAACUUCAAGAGCAGCGAGAUUGAGCAGGCUGUGCAGUCACUGGACAGAAACGGUGUUGACUUGUUAAUGAAGUACAUUUAUAAAGGCUUUGAGAAGCCCACAGAAAAUAGCAGUGCAGUGUUACUCCAGUGGCACGAAAAGGCCUUAGCAGUAGGAGGACUAGGCUCCAUUAUAAGAGUUCUUACAGCAAGAAAGACUGUUUAAAAAAAAAUAAAAAGACUCAUGUUACCUUGAGAAGAAUUCUGGAUGCCCAGGCUGGUGAAGAAGGGAUUGACAAUGGACCAUCUUCCUAGGAACUCCCAAGUAAACUAUUUCAGGACAUGUAUCUGCUGAAAUGUAUUUUAUUUUCAAGGUGGAGGGAAAAAUCGUCUAUUUCCUAAAUCCUGUUUAGGAUCUGAUAGUCUAUGCCUUUGUCUCCGAGUACUGCAGAACUGACAUUUUGACGAUCUACCAGAGUGGCAGCUGGCGUUGGUCAGGUGCACCUGUGUGCACUGGGGGAGGGAUGGUUUGGGCAGGUGCAGAUCCAAGGGCUGUGGUAAACGGGAGAGCUUGUGUUUUUGAAGUGGAAAAAAACCCAAGAGUUUGUACAGACAUCCCGUCUUCCCAGAGAAGGUGGACACUCUUGGGCUCAUUGUAAAGUGCCUGCUGCAUCAAUAAAGCUCUUGGCUUAUUAGUAUAUACAUUGCGGUGUGUUUCAUAUAUGUAAAAAUAUGGUAAUGAAUGGGAUGGUAAUGAAUGAGAGUUCAGUUGUUCCGGAAACCCGACGUGGGAGGAGUAGACCUGUGCCCCUGCUGAGUCACCCCUAGGAGCGAGCAUGGCAAUCCACAGGCCCUCUGCCACAGGACGCCAGCCUUGGCCUCAGAGCCGCUGGCUGCUGCAGAGAGGUGUUUGCUGAAUGAACUAUUUAUUGUUUCUUACUCCUUUGAUUUGUAUGUAAUUAAUUUUGGAGCUUAUUUAAUUUAAUAAAGUGCCAAACAUUUAAUAAUUGA